GGUGGCUGCUGCCUGUGGUAGCUGCUGCUGUCUCCAAGAGGCUGGAGAGCUUUCUCUGGGCCACGCCGGAUUGACAGAGCCCUUGAUCUGAUGUGCAAAGGGGAAAAAAACCCCUUAUUUUCCCUGCUGUCUGAUGCGGACGUAUGUUAUCGCUCCUUUUCCCGCGUGGAUUUUAUCAACGCUUUUAAACGCAGGGCUAGUUCACAUUGACGCAAGUCUUCUAGAAAAGCCUUUCAAAUGCACUAGGAGCGGAGCAAGCAAACGGCACCGAGCAGGGCUCCGGACUCGGAGCGGGGCAGGCACUGCAGGACGGGAAAGAGAACCGGCCCGAGCACUAGCCGAGGCCUCGGCGGCGGUGCCGGGCGCUCCGGCGCUGCCGCUUUAAGUGCGGGCGGGAGCGCGGCCCGGCGCGGCCCCGGGAGCGCGGCGGCAGCAGCAGCAGGAGGAAUUGUCAUCCAUCGCUAUCAAAAAAAACACCCUGUGAGUUUGUUUCAAGCUUUGUGCCUCAUCACUUGCUUCAGAUAAGCUGUGCUCCGAGUUCUCCUGGGGAAGGUUGGUGUCCUUGGGGAAGCAUGGCCUUCCGUGGCUGGAAGAGGCUGCUCCUCUUGGGCAGGCAGAACGCCCUUGGCAAGGUCUGGAGAAGCAGGAGGGGAGGCCCCUCUCUGCGCUGGAAGCGCUGCUGCCAUUGGAGCGCGGGCAAGUCUCUGGACCCCGAGGUGAGAGCGUUUUUGGAGGAGAACACCGAGGUCACCAACAGCGGGCACCUCACACCAGAGAUCCGGCUGCGCCUCCUCACCCCUCGCUGCAGGUUCUGGAGAGAAAAACCUGAUCUCUGGCCUUAUGGGGACCCCUUCUGGGCAAUUUACUGGCCGGGAGGCCAAGCCCUCUCCAGGUAUAUUUUAGAUAAUCCACAUGUGGUUAAAGGGCGAUCGGUUCUGGAUCUUGGAAGUGGAUGUGGAGCAACAGCAAUAGCUGCUAUGAUGAGUGGUGCAUCCCAAGUCCUUGCCAAUGACAUUGACCCUAUUGCAGGAAUGGCCAUGAUCUUGAACUGUGAACUGAACCACCUGAAUCCCUUCCCCAUCACCAUUAAGAACAUCAUUAAUUCAGAUGCUGGCAACUGGGACCUCAUAGUUCUAGGAGAUAUGUUUUAUGAUGAACAGCUUGCUGAUGGGCUGCAUCACUGGCUGCAGAAGUGCAUCAGGAUACACCAGACUGAAGUGCUGAUUGGUGACCCUGGCAGGCAUCAGUUUUUAAGCCACAGCAUUCACAGUCAGCUACACAAAGUUAUAGAAUAUUCACUUCCUGAGUGUACUAGACAAGAAAACUAUGGGCUAACAUCAAGUAUCGUCUGGAGUUAUCAACCCUCAAACAGCUUAGAAGACUCUUGAGCUGGCUUUCUAUGAGAUUUUGUCUCACUUGGUUGGCUUUUUGCAGGUAUAUAAAAUGAAAAUGGAAAUUAAGCAGGGAACGUUAUUUGUUAAUGUGAAGCAGAUUACUGUACCUUCAGUGGACUGAUUUCAAUCAUACUCACUGAGGCUUUUGCUCAAUUUGAGGUAAAAGCUACAUGCAAACUGUGUUCAAAGAGGUCUGCAACUGAAGUGCAGAUCUACAGACAACUUCCAUGUAAGAGUUUGCAUGCUUGACGUUUCUCAUGUAUAUUUGUGUCUUGCUGACAUUACUGUGAAAUGUUUUGGAUGUCCAGCAUACUGCUGUGGGGACAGGGCUGUGGCUGAAGGACUACUGCACUGCUUCCACAGGCUUUUGCAGCUUAUUUACAGAGAAAAUUAUUGCUGUCCUUCAUCAAAUUCUCCACUAUAUUAGCUCAUAAUAUGCUCAACUUAAAGUGCCUUGCUCUUUUUCUGGAUAUCUCUGAAUGUCAAAGUAACUAAUUUGAAUCUCCCCCUUUUCCUCUCUAAUAAAAAUUUCCUCUUCCUUGAAACUGCCAGAGUGAUUAUGUAGGAGUUGCACCCAAAUAUAAACUCUGCUUCUUGACUGCCAGCCAAUGUAAAAGCUUUAAUAAAUAGAAAGUGACUAAA